AUGAACCUCCAGAAGUUCUACUCCGUCACCGACGCUGGGAUCUUCUUCUCUUUCCUGGGGUCUGUCCUGGUGUGCAUCCCCCUGUGGUGGCACAUCGAAGCAUGGAAUAUGGGUUGUGUCCUAUAUAUCUUCUGGAGCGGUAGUCAAGCCCUUAUCCAAGGGAUUAACAUGACUAUCUGGAGAGAUAACGUCAUUGACUGGGCACCAGUGUGGUGCGACAUUACUUCACGGUGGAAAAUUGCGUCUGCCAUCGGUAUUUGUUGCUCGUCCUUGUGCAUAAACCGAAGGUUGUACAAGAUCGCGAGCAUCUCCACUGUCUCCGUUACCAAGGCCGACAAGCGGCGCAUGGUCCUGGUUGACUGCGUUAUAGGCCUGGGUAUCCCCGUGAUUUGCGUGGCGCUAUACUGGUUUUAUGAGGGACAGCGGUAUGACCUCAUCGAGGGCCUCGGCUGCUUGCGGGACAUGCCAAAUACUUGGUUGGCUGUAAUACUGUGGUCAAGUUGGCCAGUCGUCAUCGGAUUGAUCUCGAUGGUCUACGGCAGCCUGACGAUCCGCGCGUUCCUCGUCCGGCGGCGGCAAUUCAACGAGCUCAUGUCCUCUUCGAACAUGAUCUCGUACAACCGCUACUUCCGGCUCAUGGGCCUCGCGCUCAUUGAGAUCCUCGGGACGGUGCCGAUCGGGGUGUGGGGGAUGACGACGUACUGGCGAAUGCCGCAGUACAAAUGGAUGGGCCUGCACGACAUGCACUUCCAGUUCUCGCGCAUCCCGCAGUGGCCGGUCGUGACCUGGUGGGGCACCCAGCAGGGCAGCGGCUACAUGCUGGAGAUCUGGGUGACCAUCGUCUGCCCGUUCGUGUUCUUCGCGUUCUUCGGCCUCGCGGAGGAGGCGCGCAAGCACUACCACUCUGCGGCGACGAGCAUCGUGCGGCGGCUCGGGAUCUCAACGUCCUUCCUGCAGCGCUCACAGAACGCCGGGUCUGGAUCGGGCUCAUCCAAGCCCAGCGGGAGCGGCUUCGGGCGGAUCACGAUGCCGUCGUUCGUGCGGCACAAGCCAGCGACGAUCGGCCUCUCGACGACGCUGCAGCGGGACUCGAUUUCUUCGUUCUCCGACCGCCUCUCCUCCUCGAUCUCGCUGGGAGAUGUGGAGGGCAGCGAGGGCAAAGCGGCGUACCCCGUGUCGGAACACUCGGCCGGGUCGAGCACAUAUUUCCCGUCGCCCCUCGACGCGAAAGUGUCCCCGCUCAGCGAGAAGCCCGUCUUGGAGAUCGCUAUCGAGGAGGUGUACGAGGAGCGUGUGGCGGACCUGUGCGCCGUCAUGCAGCCGUCGCCAGACUCGCCCGACUCUGACUCCGAUUCCGCGCCUGCGACUGCGACGAACGACGUGUCCCACAUGGUCUAA